AUGCAUUCCUUGAAAGUUGAGAUCAUCUUUGUGCAACCUGAGCGUUCUAACUAUCACGCCGCAUUUGCUGUCGGAGGUCUUCUUCCACCAUCAUCCAGUGUCUUCAGCAAGACUUUCGGUGAGGUCCGUGAUAUCAUCGAGAUGGACUUGUCCGCCAUGUCCAAACAACCACUCACUUCCAUCUAUUCUUCAUUCACUGAGGUUCCCUUGAGUAUUUCACUUAUUAUCACUUUUCCGGAAACGCACCAAGAAGCAAUUUGCAGCUGA